AGCCAUAAUGGAGAUAUUCAUUUUUUUUCAGGUAAAGUGACUUAUGCGCCACCCUAUAUAUAGCAUACAUUUAAUAUGAAAUGUUGCUUUUACUCUAAGAGAGAAAACAGAAAGCUUUAAUUUAGCUUAAAUUUAUUUAUAUGUAAAUUUCGAAAAUUUUAAUUUAUUUUAAUUAUAAAUUUUUAGUGUAACAACAAUUUACAUUUUUCUUUAUGUUAAUUCCGAAAAUUUAAGCUUAUUUUAG